CACGCGCGGGCUGCCGGGAACGGGGCGGAGCGCGGCCGCGCCGGCGCAUUGAGGGGAGAGGCAGCCGCCGCGAUGGACGUGUUCCUCAUGAUCCGGCGCCACAAGACCACCAUCUUCACGGACGCCAAGGAGUCCAGCACGGUAUUCGAGCUGAAGCGCAUCGUCGAGGGCAUCCUCAAGCGGCCUCCUGACGAGCAGCGGCUGUACAAGGAUGACCAACUCUUGGAUGAUGGCAAGACCCUGGGCGAGUGUGGCUUCACCAGUCAAACAGCACGGCCACAGGCCCCAGCCACAGUGGGGCUGGCCUUCCGGGCAGCCCCUAGUAUGGCAUGGAAUGUGGUGGUGACUCUGGAGCCCAGGUCACAUCAGCCCUCUUGCAGGUGAGGGCUAUCUUGAUAGGUGCACAGCAUGGGCUGUGAGCUCUUUGCUUCCCCAUGGACUGCUUGCAGAAACACACUUCCUGGGUGCAACUCAACCCAUCACCAUGUUGUUCCCAGGCCUUGAAUGGGUGCCCCGCCCUCCGCCUCUCCCCUCCCCCAAGCUUACCACUCAAGAAGAUAAGACAGUGUUUCAAAUCACAUGUUAAAGAGCAUUGUCCAGGCUCAUCACGAAAGAAUGAGGGAGGUAGUGAAGGCACGAAUGGUCACAGGUUUGUGGCUUGGAAGAUGCAUUAGAUUAAGCUGCGUCAGUUUCUGAACCUUGGCACAGUGGGCACAUUGGGCUGGAUUACUGUGUGGGUUGCCUUGUGCACCAUAGCAUGUGGAGCCGUAUCCCAGGCCUCUACCCACUAGACAGCGUUGGAACACCCCACCUGCCCAAUUGUGACAGCCAGAACUGUCAUCAGGCAUGCCAGCUUUCCCUGGGAUGCCUGAUCAGUUGAGAACCCUGAGCCAAGCAGAGAUGGGUCUCCUAGCUGGAAGAAAGCACAGGAGAAAAGCUGUGGGUUUGUUUGCUGUGUGUUGGGGUGACAGUAGGGACAAGACAGGGAAGGCCUUUGCCUUCCUGGAGCCAGUCAAAAGGGCAAUUUGUCCAGUGGUAAGUGCCCCCACGCCCAGGAUGUCAGGAUGUCUUGACUUUUGGGGGUGGGUGGAUUGGAGGUUCAUCUGAGGAGGGGACCUGAGUUGGACCCUGAAAGUCCAGAAGCAACCAGCCAUUCCGAGUGCUGGGACCAGCAAGUGCGAAGGUCUGAGUUAGGAAAGAACAUAAAGAGCCAGAGCCUGAGAGCAUGGGAGGCAGAGGGAGAGACAGACAGCAAGGACUUGAUGGUAUUCAGAGCAUGAUGGGAAGCCACUGGAAGGUUUUAAGCAGGGGAGGAAUGGUCUAGUUGAUUUUUUUUUUUUGAAACAGAGUC